AUGACGCGCCAACUUAUCGCUGCCAUAUACGUAGCCUAUUUCGAAUACGACAUCAGUAAACGUGAUCUCAGCGUGGCCAUUGCAGCCGUCAUGGCUGCGUUGAAGCAAAUGCGACAGGUCGAGGCCAGCUCUAUGGACUUGCAGUACAUUUACGCCGCCAAGGAAUUCAGAACAACGUACGUGGGUACAGCGGACGUGGAUUUUAGGAACUAUGUUGCUGCGUAUUGCUCUGCGUAUCUCGCCCACACCAGCGAGUACACGGCCCCGUGCAUUACUAUCAAGCAGAGCUCAGGGUUUGGCAAGAGUCGAAUUCUGCAGCGACUAGCAGAGAGCACGUCAGGAGGCAACUGUCUCAAGGAUGCAGGCAAUCAAUUUGAUGCAGCAGUUUUGUACGUCUGUCCACGUAGUGCUAAGGAGUUUAAAGGGUACCCACGCCCGACAGAAGCUUUCAACACGUUAUCAGGUGACGAAAAAGUCCUCGAAGCAGCUACUCGACCAUCGACCAAGCAACUUGAUAGCCAAGCUGUCAGCGUCUCCAUUCAACAGAGACGUUGCGCCGCCAAUCCGAAUGGAAUGGGCAAUAUGAUCUCCGUUGCGUUCCCAUUCGUAGAAAUUCCGAUCUUCUUAGGAGAAAGAAGUAAGCCAGCAGAACGGAGCCCCACAAAUGUCGAGUCCGGGGCCUAG